AUUAGUGUAAUAGUUUAUACAUUUUUGGAAAAAAAAUGUGUAUUUUUUCGAGUGGAUAUUUAUUUUAAGACAAAGGGAGCAUUUCCUCAUUCAUCAUAGAAUAAGGGAAGUGGGGUUAUGAGAUUUGAAGGAACGUGUUAGAAGGCGGUGAAGCUAUUGAGACAAUUGUGAUGGUUGUUGAAGGUGGUGGGAUUACAUCUGAUUGUUGAGUGUUCAGCUCAACCAUCACAGAUGUUGAGCGGAUAAACGAGUUGAAUGCUUGACAAUUGGAUAUAAGCCAUCGCCUACAACAACAAUCAAUAACAUUAAACAAUAUUUAGGGGUAAUAUGGUCGUUUUAAUAAUUUCAUCUUGUCCUAUCCAGCUUAUUUAUCACAAGGUAGACAAUUCUUGUUCUAAUCCUACCAAUUACCAAAUUGAAGAGAAUUAAUUAGUCCCGUUUUGUGUACCAAAUGUUACUUUAGGUUUCAAGAUUAAUUAAAAAAUGUAUUUUUAUUAAAUCAUGGUAAAUUGAUUAAUUAAUCAAAAAAACAUUAACAAAUGACGUAAUUUGGAUUAUUAAAUCCAAAAAAAUUUCAUGAGACCAUUUAAGAUGAUGUGGCGUUAAAACGAACCGUAGGUUUGGACUGGUUGAAGUUUGUGGAUAAUUUAAUUUAAUUUCAAGAAGCAAGAAAUCCACCAAAAUCUUAAACUGCAAAUCUGGAACACCAUGAGAGACUUGAAUGCACUCUCCAAUGGCGUCAAUCUAACCCCAAUCGGAUGCAACAAUAAUCGCAUUCUUUUCAACACUUUCACCAUUCGAAGAUGUAUUCCAUUUGAAUCGCGUAACUCCACUUCCUUUGUUCUAUCAUCUGUUUCCACGCUAAAGCUUCACGAUAUGAAACGGAGGAGGAAGACCACCGUACCUCAUUCGUCGUCUCCAACAACGUCUCCGGCCAAUCCAUCGGUUACUCCACCACCACCGCCACCUCCACCACAAUCGACCAAAACAGAUGAGAAUGUGCCAAGAAAAGGACCUGAUCUGCCUACGCUUUUCAGGAGAUUCUAUAAAGUUGCUGCUCCUUAUUGGUAUUCCGAUGAUAAAGUUCAAGCUAGAAUACAACUAGCGGCUGUGUUUGCCCUAACUUUAGGAACCACCGGCAUCAGUGUGGGUUUCAACUUUCUCGGUCGCGACUUCUAUAAUGCCCUUGCUAACAAAGACCAAGAACAAUUUACCACGCAACUAACGUACUACCUUGCUGCUUUUGCUGGUGGAAUUCCGAUUUUUGUGUUUAGAGAUUAUGCAAGAGAAACUCUGGCUUUAAGGUGGAGAUCUUGGAUGACACAAUAUUACAUGGAGCGGUAUCUCAAGAAUCAGACAUUUUACCAAAUACAGUCCCAGUCAAUCAUUGAUAAUCCGGAUCAACGAAUCGUUGAUGAUCUAAGUUCUUUCACUGGAACAUCACUUUCAUUCUCUUUAACACUCUUCAAUGCCAUGGUAGACUUGAUAUCGUUUAGCAACAUACUGUUUGGCAUAUAUCCUCCUCUUUUUGUUGUUCUUUUAGUAUAUUCAAUCGGUGGAACAGCCAUCAGCAUUUUCCUUGGGAAGGGGCUGAUCAACCUAAAUUUCAUGCAAGAGAAAAUGGAAGCAGAUUUCCGUUAUGGGCUUGUACGUGUUCGAGAAAAUGCCGAGUCAAUUGCGUUUUACGGUGGCGAAGAAAAUGAAAUCAAACUCCUUUUGCAGCGGUUCCGAAGUGCCUUUGGGAAUUUAACUCAAUUGUUGAUAUCUUCAAGAAAUCUGGAGUUCUUCACCAGUGGUUACCGGUACCUGAUUCAGAUUCUUCCUGCUGCUGUUGUUGCACCCAUGUAUUUCUCCGGGAAGAUUGAAUUUGGCAUCAUAAAUCAAUCUGUUUCUGCCUUCAAUCAUAUUCUUGGAGAUUUUUCCCUCAUUGUGUAUCAAUUUCAGGCUAUCAGUGCCUUUUCAGCUGUCAUUGAUCGACUGGGGGAAUUUGAUGAUAUUUUGGACUACACUAGUUCUAAUGGUCCUGUGGAUUCCCUGGAUGAGAUUGAACUGACAUAUCGUAAUGUGAAGGAUUCAACCUUUUUUAAGUCCUUGAGAGAUUUGGAUACCCAAAAUUUAUUGGUGAUCGAGAGUUUGACAGUACAGACUCCCACCAAUAAAGCACUGCUUAUCAGGGAUUUGUCAGUGGAAGUCCGUGAGAAUGAGCAUUUGCUGGUUACUGGACCAAGUGGGAGUGGGAAAACUUCUCUUUUAAGAGCUAUUGCUGGUCUUUGGCGUACCGGUAAGGGAAUGAUCACAUUCUAUGCUAAAUAUAAUGAGGUUUUUGAGCAGUCCGAGAGACCAGACGUGGCUCCUCAAGAAGAAACUAUGACAGAUGAAAAGAAGAAAGACAAUAAAAGAUCAAAAUACCGUGAUUUUAAAGGUGUUUUUUUCCUUCCCCAGAGGCCAUAUAUGGUUUUAGGAACUCUUCGGCAACAGUUGCUUUAUCCCACGUGGCCUGAUGUUCCAGAUUCAACACCCCAGGCCCAGAGCCAGAACUCUAAAUCAACUGAUUCAAUGCCCUUCCUUGAAGCUGGAUCAAGCUCGGAGCAAAUUAGUGCACAAUCUCCGCAGCCUACUACAGAUGAUUUAAUCCAAGCUUUAGAAGAUGUGCAACUCGGCUACUUGUUGUCACGUUUCAGUGGUCUUGAUACAACCAAUGAAUGGUCCAGUGUUCUUUCCCUCGGUGAGCAGCAACGUCUUGCGUUUGCUCGAUUGUUGCUUUCCCGACCAGACUUGGUUCUCUUGGAUGAAUCCACCAGCGCCCUAGAUGAGGCCAAUGAGAGGCAACAAUAUUCUUCUGCUUAGGGGUAGACCCACUAUGGUGUAUACGGCGUCACAGGUCACCGCUUCAUUCCUUUGUCGUAGUUUAAAAAGUUUUUUAGAGUUGUGAAAGGUGUCACCAUAUGUUUUGUUGGGUGCAACACUAUAUUCCUUAAAACUACAAUAAUAACACAAGUUUCUCUUGGUAGAGUUGGUUUGCAUGGUAUUUUCUCCCCUUCCAGGCGUGGUGGGUUCAAAUCUCAUUUGUAUCAUGUUUUAGUUAUUAGCUUUUAGUUUCAGAUUUAUAUGUUUUUGAACUAAUUUGGGAUUAAAGACUCGAACACAGGAUCUCAGAAACGAAAAGUAAGGAACAAACCAACUGAUGAAUGAUGAUUUUGUAAACAAAUAUGCAUAUCUUCGCUUUUUACAGUCAAAUGGUGCCACCACUUGAAAAAGUUUCUAGGUCUGCCUCUGUUCACCGUCAUAAAAUAACCAACUUUUUUCCAAAUUAUCACAAUCUAACCACCUACUUUGCAAAUUCUAGCCAUGCCUCUACUCACCAUCAUAAAAAAAUUCUAGGUCCGCCUGCUUGAAUAUCUUUGUGACAUGAUGUGUUUA